CAUAUGCCCAGUGCAGUGCACAUUGUUGAACAAGACGGUCGAUUGGAUCGUCUGUUAGUGUUUUACAUUAUGUUGUUAAUAUUAUGAAAAACUAGUGAUAUUAUUUAUUGUUCAGGAAUGUUACGAUUAGUUAUAUAAGUGGUUCAAAAAUACUUCAACGCUUGACAACGAAAUAUCCACAACAAUCAACGUGUGCGAUGAUCGCCAUGGAAUCGUAUAAUGCUAGAUGCUGGGUGUUCACAUUAUUAGUAACCUGCAUAGCAAGCUACAAUAUAAAUUCUGAGCAACUCCACAGCCUUAAUUUGAAUCACAAAUUAACUAAACUCGCAUGGAUGGUUGACUGGCAAGAAAACGAAGUGUUCUUUCAUGUGAACAAUUCCUUUGAGUAUGGAAAAUUCCAGACAUUCGCUGUAGGGUUUUCACAGCGUGGACUACUAUCUCGCACUGAUUUCUGUGUGUUCUCAUAUGUUCAGAACCUGUACAAGCAAGUGUAUGAUACUUACACUUCAAGAGUCCCCAACCAUAUUUUUAUUGAUACUAUACAAAAUUGUGCCACGAUUCAUAUGGAUGCAAAUACUAUAGCGUUUCGACGUAAAUUUGACACCUGUGAUCCACAGGACAUUGUAUUUCACUCGGGCACUAUGUAUCUUGUGUGGUGGCGCAUAGAUUCGUUGUUGGAUUGGAGAAAUAAUUUUACCAUGAUGCCCAAUAUAAGUGAACAAAAUCAAGGUGUCCUACCUUUACAACUACUUAGAGCUGAUAAGAUUCUCAUCAACGAAAAACCACAUCAUUUGAACAAGAUAGAAGUACAUCUGGACGAUGUUGUAGUACCACCGGCGGAAACAACCUAUUGGUGCAAAAUACAGCAACUUGAACCGUGGUUGAUAAACGCCAAGCAUCACAUAAUUCAAUUUGAGCCAUUAAUAGACAACGAGGACCUUGUGCACCAUAUGGAAGUUUUUCAAUGUGUCGCAAAUAAUGUAGAGAUUUCAACGUUUAACGGUCCUUGUAAAGAUAUGCCAACAUAUGGUCGCCUAUGUUCAAAGGUUAUGGCAUUGUGGGCCAUGGGUGCUGGUUCUUUCACAUACCCAAAAGAAGCGGGCCUGCCAAUAGGCGGCGAAGGAUUUAAUCCACAUAUCCGUCUGGAAGUUCAUUUCAAUAAUCCAAAGUUGAAGUCUGGUUGCAUUGAUAGCUCAGGUAUGCGUAUAAAAGUAGUGUCGAAGCUUCGCCGCUAUGAUGCUGCUAUUAUGGAGUUGGGAUUGGAAUAUACUGACAAAAUGGCCAUACCGCCAGGACAGAUAGCAUUCCCGCUUUACGGUUAUUGUAUAGCAGAGUGCACUGAGCUAGCCUUACCAAAGUCAGGCAUUGUGAUAUUUGGUUCUCAGUUACAUACACAUUUACGAGGAGUACGUGUUCUUACAAGGCACUUCCGUGGAGCAGAAGAGCUUCCAGAAAUCAAUCGAGACGAUUUCUUCUCACACCAUUAUCAAGAGAUUCGACAAUUACGUUAUAAACCUCAAGUUCUCCCGGGAGAUGCGCUGGUUACUACCUGCUACUACGAUACGCGUGGUUACAGUAUUGCAACCUUGGGAGGUUUUUCAAUCAGCGAUGAAAUGUGUGUGAAUUACAUACAUUACUAUCCAGCAACAGAGCUUGAAGUUUGUAAAAGCUCCAUCUCGGAUAAGUCGUUGAACAACUUCUUUGAAUACAUGAAAAAGAUUAAAGAACAAAAUAUAACCUCAGCAAGUGGUAUUCGUUCAAAAAAUUAUCGUUCAAUUCAUUGGAAUCAAAUGAGUAUAAAUAAGCUUUUUGAUACAUAUAUUUCCACCCCUUUGAGUAUGCAAUGCAACCGGUCAAAUGGAAUGCGUUUCGAUGGAUUUGAUUGGGAAAACGCACCUAAACCUAAAUUCAAACUUCACGUUAAUAAAAAAUCCAGAUCGUGCACCUCUGUUCCCAAUAAUUUACAAUGGUUCAAAUCUUUGAAUGAGGGAUGUUGUGAUAAUUUUGGAGACUGUAUUUAUUCUGAUACAAAGCAGAGGGAAUGAAACAGAGAAUAAAAAUAUACAUAACAUGUUAGAAGGAAGCUCAUAAUAAUGUUUCACAUCUGCAUAACAACUGAAAGAUACAAGAAGUAGCCAUCGUUCAUAUAAAUUAAUAUCUAAAAUUAUGUAAAGGAAAACAAUAAAAAUAUCAUCAAAUUUAUUCAAUUAAUAAUUUAACUAAAAUUAAAAAAGUCAAAUAUAAUAUAUUAAUAUAUAUCACAUACCUCAAACAUAGUAUUUAUACCAUUAAAAUGAGACGAUCUUCGUUACACUGACACGACUGUAGUACAGUGACGGUUCCUAUCAUUGCGGAACUUCCAAACAUAAACAUCUACAGCUACAUCCUAUCGUGAUCAGCACUCAUUUUUUAUUGAGCAGCUUAGUCCGGAAUUCUAUACAGGUAAUCGUAUUAUUCACAAUCAAACGCCUGAUGUCAAUGGCGAGAUGUCAAUCCUCGGUUGUGGAUCCUCAGCACUCCAUCGAUCCUCAGCUCUCCCUCGCUACUUCUUCUCUCGCCUUACGCAGUGCAAGCAGCAUAUGGAGAGCUGGCAAAAGCAACAACAACAACAACAGCAGUAUCCCCUGCUGCAACGCGAAUAUUAGCGCGGAGCAGCCGUUUCACACUAGCAACCAGCACAGUUAUAUAUGU